AUGAACGAUAGUAUAGAUAGUUAUGGUCCAUCUAACGGCUGCUAUACUGGUAAUACUCCAAUAUAUCGCAAUAAUUUUACAUCUAAUUUUAAACUAAAUGCAUCAAAUAAUUAUUGUCGACAUUCAUAUUCACCAUCUGCUCACGAAAAUAUUUGUUUACAAGAAAAACAACAAUCAAAUACUGUAAAUCAACGUUAUUUAUAUAUGAAUUGUGCUGAUCACCACCAUCAACAACAACAAGCACCACAACAUUUAACUCAUGAUAUAUAUGGUUUUGAAAAUAAUGCAUUAUCACCAAUAACGUAUUAUAAUCGUAUUUUUGCACAAGUUCGUUCAAAUACGCCUGUUCCUCAACUUCAAAAUCAAUCUUUUCCUUCAACAGCACUUAGACAGUCAAGAGAAAGAUUGCCUAUAAUCACAAACUGUCAACCACAUGAAAAUUUCUUAUUCAAACCAGCACCUAAGCCAAUCCGAAGAUCACCUGAACCUCAAUCUCCAAUACCUUAUCGAACAUCAGUAGUUGAUCCUGCUUUAUCAUAUUCAUCAAAUAAUGAUGAUAAUCCAUCACUUGAUUAUCUUCACUAUACAAUGGAUUCACUCAUUGAACGAUUGAUACCUAAUGAUACUUAUAUACCACAGCAAUCAUUUAUUUAUUCAAUGCUCUUGUGUUCAAGAAUGCAUAUUCAACCGAGUAUGUUACUUAAUAAAUUAACACAAUUAACAAUGAAUUCAAUAAAAGAUGUAACUCGUGAUCGAAGUAUUCGAACAAUGAAAAAUUUUCUUCAUAUUUUGUUAGAAUGGACACGUACUUUUCCAUAUGAUUUUCGUAAUACAGAUAUGAGAACACAAUUAGAAGAAGUUUUAAAAAAGAUCAAUUCUUAUGAGCCAAUUCUUCAGUCAGAUACGCAUAAUAUAAAGAAAAAACUACUCUCAAAACUAAAAGCAUUAGAAAAUUAUGAAGAGUAUAUUCGACAAUUAAACACAAAAGCACUAAAUAAUCAUACUCACACGGCAUUAAUUACUGAUAUUAUAAACGAGUGUCCAACACCAGUAUUAUUUGCUCAACAAUUAACUUAUAUUGAACUGGAUAGAUUAAAACCGAUUGGUGCUGAAGAAUUAAUACAAUAUUAUAUUAUGAAAUUAUCAUCAGAAGAAGCACGAGCUCAUCCAAAUAGAAUUUCUAAUGAUGAAACAAGAACAUCAGAUGAUAAAUCAUUAGCAAUAGUUCAUGAUAAAAAAUUAACAUUCUGUCUUGAAACUUAUAUACAAUGGUUUAAUCGUUUAACUUCUUUUGUUACUACAGAAAUUGUUAAACAUACACAAAAACGUUUACGUAUACGACUUAUUAAUUAUUUUAUUGAUGGUGCUUAUGAAUGUUUUCGUUUACAUAAUUUUAAUUCAAUGAUUGGAAUAAUUGGUGGUUUAAAUAUGCAACCAGUAAAACGUCUAAAAAGAACGUGGAAAAAAAUUCAAUUAAAUAAACUCGAACAACUUGAACAAUAUAUGAAUGUUUCAAAAAAUUUUGCUAAUUAUCGUCUUAUAUUUAAAUCAGCAAAAGAAGAAGCUGAAAAAUAUGGUUGGGCAGUAGAUAAAAUAGUUAUACCAUUUACUAGUCUUGUUUUACAAGAUGUUUAUUAUAUAAAAACACAUAGUAAAGAUGAUACAGUAGCAGGUGGUGUUAAUUUAAAGAAAUAUUAUUCUAUGGCAAAAUUUAUUUCCGAAGAAUUUAUACAAUGUAAACAGAGUAAAGUAUGCAAUCUUAUUCCAUGUUCAUUUGAACGAAAUGAUAUAAUUAUUAAUUAUAUAACAACAUCACCGAUAUUCAAUGAAAACUCUUUAAUGCUUGCUUCAUUUGAAUGUGAACCACCAGCAACAGCAAAUGAAAAAGAGAAAUGGUCUAUGCUUCAAGCAACAAAAUACACAUCAUCGUCAAAAUUAUAA